CCACGAUCCAUCACAAGGUUCAGGUCUCACUUUUUUCCCCAGCUCAUCGGCUGAAGCCCAAAUCCGGCCCAGUUUGCUCCUGCGUCAACUUCCCGCGCCUCGCCGGAGGCCGCCGCGACAGCAAGAUGCCGCGCAAGCCCAAGCCAAAGACUCCCCCCUCUCCGGCGAGGCGGGACCCUUCGCCGGAACCCUACCCUUCUCAUGGCUCCCCAUCCCCGGCGCAAUGCCUCGCCGUCCGCGACUCCCUCCUCGCCUUCCACGGCUUCCCCGAGGAGUUCGCGCCCUUCCGCCUCCUCCGCCUUGGCCGCUCGCCGGAGGAGGAUAGCGGUGGCCCUCGGCCUCCCACUGUACUUGACGGGCUCGUUACCACCCUACUCUCCCAUAACACCACCGACGCCAUCUCCCGCCGCGCCUUCGCCUCCCUCAAGGCCGCGUUCCCCUCCUGGGACCAGGUGGUGGAUGAGGAGGGGAAGAGCCUGGAGGACUCCAUCCGCUGCGGCGGCCUGGCGGCGACGAAGGCGGCGAGGAUACGGGCGAUACUGAGGGGAGUAAGGAAGCGGAGUAGCAAGAUUUGCCUCGAGUACCUGCGGGAGCUGUCUGUGGAUGAGGUGAAGAGGGAGCUCUCGCAGUUCAAAUGUAUUGGGCCAAAGACCGUGAGUUUGAUUUCUUAUCUUCUUCUUUUCAGUUUUCAGUAAAUCGAGUUUUCUGUUCAGGUUAUUUGAGUUUUGCAACGUUUGAUGCAUGCCAUGUUGAACUAACGACAUUGCUUUUGAUUUGUUGAAAAGAAUGGCUAGUGCGAGGUUGUUGAAUCUUGAACUUUGCACGGCAGUUAGCUGACGAGUGACGAGAGGCACGAGAUGGUGCUUAAAGGGCAAUGCAGGAUUUUUUGUAGGGCUGUUCUCUACGCAUUUAGCUUGAAAUUCAAUGUUUUCUGUGUGAAGGUUGCAAAUGCGCAUAAAAGGAGUAUUUUUCAUGCUAUGGUUUAAAAUAAAAUAAAAACUUGAUAAAUUCCCAUCAUGCGUGUGAUUGAAAUGUCUAACAAUGCGCAUAAAAGGAGUAGUAAGUCUCCUAUUUCAAGAAAAAAAUGUAAGCCUUGCUCCUUGAUGGAAGCAAUUUAUGUUUAAAUUAGUGUGACUCAAAUAUUGAUGUGGCUAGUGGUUGCCACCAACAAUCAAUUUGGUCUUGCAAUGAAUGGCCAACAGAAACAGGUGGCUGAAAGCUUGUCAUGAAGGCUGCAAAUGUGCAUAAAAGGAAUAAUUUUUAUGCUAUGGUGCUAAAAUGGGAAGGGGAAAAAACUCAAGAG